CGGAGCCCAAUUCGACCUUGCAUGUUAUCGCCUAAUUGAUCAUCAUCGGGUUCACGCAUUUAAGAUGGACAGCGAAAUGGAGGAUCUAAAGCCUCUCUCGAGCCAGCUGCAAUGCAGUGAUUAUACUGUGGGAUGGAUCUGUGCGCUCCCCAAAGAGCAAACUGCAGCUACAGCUAUGUUAGACCAUAUACACCCAGACCUUCCCAAACCGCCCAAUGAUCCCAACACGUAUACUUUGGGAUCCAUCGGCAAACACAACAUCGUUGUCGCUUGUUUACCAAAAGGGAGAAUCGGUAACAAUUCAGCAGCAAUAUCUGCGACCCAAAUGAUACGCACAUUUCUCUCCAUAAAGGUUGGCCUUAUGGUUGGCAUCGGCGGUGGAUUGCCCACUAAGACCAAGCUGGGAGACGUGGUGAUCGGUGCCCCUGUGGAUCAAUAUCCAGGGGUAGUUCAGUGGGACUUGGGCAAGACAGAGCAGGGGGGGGAUUUUAGACGCAUUGGCUCUCAGAACAGCCCUCCAAACGCUUUAUUGACAGCUUUAGCCAAAAUGGAGACUCGAAGUCAACUGAGCGGCUCAAAGAUACCUGACCAUCUGAAAGAAAUGGAGAAGAAAUGGCCGAAUCUCAUGAAAGAAUUCACUUGUCCGGCACUUCAUGAUGAGCUAAACGUCUCUCCAAUCAAGUUUCGUCCGGGGAGCCAGGGAUGGCAAAUUUCUCACGCUUCCGGUCAAUGUAAAGCCCAGCCGGAAGAUAUACGCGUGCAUUAUGGUUUGAUAGCGUCGGGUAACCAAGUUAUCAAGGAUGCCGAGCUUCGGGACUUGGUCGACCGGAAUCUCGGUGGAAAUGUACUAUGCGUGGAAAUGGAAGCCGCGGGGCUAAUGAAUAUCAUCCCUUGUAUCGUGAUCAGGGGAAUAUGUGAUUAUGCUGAUUCCAAAAAGAUUAAGGAUUGGCAGGAAUAUGCUGCUUCUGUGGCUGCGGCAUGUGCAAAAGAGCUUUUGGAAUAUGUCCAUCCAAGCGAUGUCAAUGAAGAGCGUCCCGUGCAGGAAAUUUUGGGUGCUGGUAAGUUAUCCAGCAGCAUCUCAAUGACCUGA